AUGGCAAAGGCGACAACGCCGCCUCCAAGCUACGAGGCCGUGUCCGCCGCUCCUCCUCAUCCUCCACAUCCUCCACAUCCUUCACAACACCCUCAUCCUCCUCCGCCUCCCAUCUCCGUCGCGACGCCGGGCCUCUCCAAACGCCGUCCCGCCUCGUCUCCCUCGUCCCCGACCUCGUCCAGAUCCUGGCCAUCGUCGUCCAACCCCUGGUCAUCGCCCACCAAGUCUUGGUCAUCAUCAUCAUGCCCACCUCCGCCCGCGCCUGUCCUGCGACGUAACGUCUCGUCUUCUAGCCUCUCGUCCGGACGGCCUUCCGAACUGACGCCUCUGACCACCAAUGGUCCCCUGACCUCGACCUCAUCCUCCUCUACUGCUCGCAUGCGCUCCGCCUCCCUCUCCGUCGCCAGAACCGAAAAGCCUCCCAUACCGUCUAUGCUGCAGCCCCGCGUCGCCGUCGUGCUCAACGUGCCUCAACCAUGGCAUCCCUGGCUCUUCGCCUUGCGACUUUGCUCGAUCCUGCCGGCUCUGUGGUGGGGGUUACCCUCGCUACUACGCUUGCUGCUUCACUUCUUGCCAGGCCCGCCUGAUCAGUUCAUGCUAGUCAAACAAAUUGCCAUCUCGGGCAGCAAUAUGGAUGCUCUCCAGACAUCUCUCUUGUCCUCGUGCACGCGCGAGGAAGGUGAAGCAGCAGCGGCGGCGGCGGCGGCAGUCUUGGCGGCACCCUACCCCAUUACCGAGACAGCCUUGGCUACAAUAUGGUGCUUUGCCUGCGGCUACCUCGCUUUUUUCUUCACCGACUGCCUCAUGUCUCGAUGGCUCAUCAAUUAUACCCCUCAUGCCACCUUGGUUCGCCUUGCAUCUAUCAACGCCGUCAAUGCCUACCUUACCCUCACCGUGCUAUCCCUUACGGGGGGAUUUCAAGAUCCGCGACUGCUCCUCCCCGGCUGGGUCAGCAUAGCAACUUCCCUCACCAUUUGCUACCACGUCACGCAUUCCAAAAUCAACAUUCGAAAAGAAACAAUCACCUCGGUCAACGUCUUCUCCAUAGCUAGCUACAUCACUAUGGUUGUGUUGUUAGCUCACAUGCAGUGGUACAAGCCCGACUACCCCACCAUGCCCAUUGUAUCGAAGGGCAGCCGCCUCUGGCAAAACGGCAAACGCCUCUUGGCCAACGUCAAGGCGCUGAUUAACGAACACGCCCAACAGUAA